AUGCCAAUCGCAAAUAAGAAAGACAGUCGGCCGAAUUUCCUGGUCAUCUUGGCCGAUGACCUGGGAUAUAGCGAUAUAGGAUGUUUUGGGAGCGAGAUUCAUACCCCUAAUUUAGACACACUCGCGCGUGAUGGAGCCCAGUUUACAGAUUACUAUGCCGCGGCGGCCUGUAGCCCUACGCGAUCGAUGCUUCUGAGCGGAACGGACAAUCACAUCGCUGGAGUGGGAAUGAUGAGCGAGAAUAAGGGCAAAGUCUCGUCAAAAUUUAAUGUCAAGGGGUACGAAGGAUUUCUCAAUCAUGACGUGGCUGCGUUGUCCGAGAUCCUCCAAGACAACGGCUACCAUACGCUUAUUUCUGGCAAGUGGCAUCUUGGAUAUACGCCCGAGAGUAAUGCUGCGGCACGAGGUUUUGACAGAGCAUUCACCCUCCUUGGAGGGCAGAGCAAUCACUAUGGCUGGGAGCCGCUACUAGAGGAGAAACAUCAGACCCCAUUCUUCACUCGCGUCAGCCCGCAACUAUAUACGAUGGACGGCAGGAAAUACAACGUGGAGCCGAACCUCACUAACGACCCGAGAGGGUUUUACUCUUCUGACUCCUACACUGAUAACCUUAUUGAUUGGCUAAAGGACCGAUCCCCUGAUAAUAGCGAAAAGCCAUUCUUUGCAUAUCUUCCAUUCCUCGCACCGCACUGGCCACUACAAUGUAGUGAUGCUGAUCGCGACAAAUACGAGGGCGUAUACGAUGACGGCCCCGAAGUCCUUCGCGAAAAGCGAUUGAGAAAAAUGAAGAAACUUGGCAUUAUCAGUGAAAAUAUCACACCACAUGAUGUCGUUGCAGGACCCACCAAUCGCGAAUGGGAUGAGAUGACUCCAAUGGAACGCAAGCUCAGUGCUCGGGCGAUGCAGUGCUUCGCCGGCAUGGUGGAUAACAUUGAUCAAAAUGUCGGAAGAAUGAUUCAAUAUCUGAAGCAGAGCGGCGAGUUUGAUAAUACAGUCAUUAUCUUUCAGAGUGACAAUGGGGCAGAAGGUGCCGAUAUCGAGGCUCAGCCAACAAUGGGGCCAGAUGUCGUUGCAACGAUUCGCAAGUACUAUGAUAACUCCUUCGAGAACGUCGGACAUGCCAACAGUUACGUAUGGUACGGUUCGAGAUGGGCUCAAGCAAGUACAGCACCCAGCCGCCUAUACAAAGCCUUCUCUACCGAGGGAGGUAUUCGUGUUCCUUUCGUGAUACACUACCCAAAGUUUGCAAAACACCUUCAAAAUGGUACCAUCAUCAGGUCCUUCUCGACUGUAAUGGACCUUUGUCCGACUUUCUUGCAAAUGGCAGGCAUAGAACAUCCUGCUGAGAAAGAUGGAAUGUUUAGGGGCAGGAAGGUGGCCGCUAUGCGUGGAACUGACACAUACAUGGGCUGGGAACUCUUCGGUCGUGGUGCGAUCCGAAAGGGAGAGUGGAAAAUGGUCAACAUUGAGUCAGCCAAAGGCGGCAACGGCUGGCAGUUAUACAACAUUUACCGUGAUCCUGGUGAGAUGGAAGAUUUAUCAGAAAAGGAGCCAGAAAAGAAAGAAGAAAUGCUGCGUCUCUGGGACGACUAUGUUCAGAAGACUGGUGUCGUAUGGAUCCCGCAUGAAGAGAUUCUGAAAAUUGGCCAAGACUAUGGCUUUGAUCGGAACGAUCUCAUUGGGGGUAAUCACUUGGAACAGAUGAAGGGUUGGAUGCACAUUAAAGCUGGUGAAGAGACGAGGAGGGGUCAGGUUACUAGGGGUGGUUGA